AUGGCCCCGGCGCUCACGUGGCAGACGGACGGCGUCGUGGCCUUCACGGCGCCCUGGGCCGCGGAGGCCUCCGGCGGCGUGGCGCUGCGGCCGCGGGGGCGCGGGGCCGAGGCACAACUCCACGAGGUGGACGGCCGCGGGCGGUCGGUGCAGUCCGUGUCGCGGCUCGACUUCGGCGCGGAUGGCGGCUGCAUGGUGACGGAGUGGUCCUCCCAGAGCGGCUGGGUCGAGGUGGGCCGGUUCCCCGGAGGCGGUGUGCGGUGGUGCUGGGCGAAGGGCCCGGGAGGGCAGUGGAAGGUCUGGGCCGAGGCGGACACCGGGGAGAAGAUUCUGCUGAACAAGACCUUCAACAGCAGCGCGCCGCAGCUGAAGCUGUUUUCGAUCAAGAAUUGGCAGAGUCUGGACAUCUCGCUGCUGCCGCUUCAACCAGGGCCUGGCAAUGCUCCGCAAGUGAGCCCUCAGCCUUCGCAAGCCGAGCUCAAGGCGCAAGUGGACCAGCUGACCUCAGAGGUGCAGAGUGAGAGGGUGCAGAAGGCAGAGCUUCAGCAGCGGCUUGCAGAGAUCACCCAGGAGAAGGCUGAGGCAGCAGAGCAACAAGAAGCCUUGCGCCAAGCAAAGCAGGAAAUGCAGCAGCAGCUGGAGCAGCUUACACAGGAGAAGGCUGAGGCAACACAGCAACAGGAAGCCUUGCACCAAGAAAAGCAGGAAUUGCAGCAGCAGCUGGAGCAGCUUACGCAGGAGAAGGCUGAGGCAGCACAGCAACAGGAAGCCUUGCACCAAGAAAAGCAGGAAUUGCAGCAGCAGCUGGAGCAGCUUACGCAGGAGAAGGCUGAGGCAGCACAGCAACAGCAAGAAAAGAAAGAUUUGCAGCAGCAGGUGGAGCAGCUUACACAGGAGAAGGCUGAAGCAACACAGCAACGGGAAGCUUUGCACCAGGAAAAGCAGGAACUGCGGCAGCAGCUGGAGCAGUCCAGGCACGAUUUUGCCUUGCUUUCGCAGCAUCAGCUUGAACAAUCCAGGCACGACUUGGCGUUGCUCAGGGAGGAGAAGGCUCAGGUGACCCAGCGGCAGCUUGAGCAGCUCCGGCGUGACUUCAUGUUGGCUUCGAAGCAGGCGGCGACCGAGCAGAAGCUGGCGGAAGUCGCGCGACAGCUUUCCCAGUUGAAGGAGCACUGUGAUGCUGUCGUCGCGUUCAUCGCCUCCGACAGCGAUCCACAGCCCGGAGCAGGCGAUUCCCCGGCCAGCGGAAGCUGGCCUGUGAUAGACCAAGAGGAGGCGCAGUCGGUGCAGUCGAGCGACCUGAGCAGCGCGUCCGCCGGGUCUGCCAAGUGCUUCCUCCCGAACACGGCCCUGGCCGGGGCCGGCAGCGCCGAGGGCCACCUGCUGCGAGUGGAGCGCCUGAAGCCGGGGGACAAGGUCCGGCUGAGCGACGGCACCGAGGCCUCGGUGCUGGACGUAAAGCGGCACCCCUCCAAGAGGAGGCCCUACGACGUCAUGGAGCUCAGCACGCACCAGGGCAAGUUCCCGGUGUCGGACUCCCAUCAUGUGGCAGUGCCUGGGGUCGCAGGCCCGCUUCGUCGGCAAGCAGAUUCCUUGAGGCAGGGGGAUCUGGUGAUCGUGAGCGGCGACGAGCGGAGGCUGACCAACGUGGUCCCCAAGAAGGAGCCGCACCAAUCUCUUUGA